UAAUAAUAAUAAUUCGAUUAUAGUAAUGAAUAAUAAUUACAAUAACAACAAUAAUAAUGAUGAAACAAUAAAUGGUAAACGAAUGGAAAUGGUUAAAAAUUCUGAACAUUAUGAUCAACAGCAACAAAAUCAAUCGAUUUUGGCCGAAAAUCAAAUAUUAUCGGCUACGAUAAAAUCGAUAACUAACCAUAAUAAUAAUAAUAAUACUCAUUCGAAUCAUAAUUCAUCAUCAUCAUCAACUGGAUUAUCGGCAAAAGAAAUUGAAAAAAUUAAUCAAUUAAUGCCAUCAUAUUUAAUGAAUCAACAUUCGAAAACUAAUUUGACUCAAACAACUAUUUCGACAAUGACUACUACAACAACAACAACAACAACAUUGCCAUCAACUUCCACAAUUUCUGUGAUCAAAUUGAAAAAUGAUAAAAAUAAUAAACAUUAUUCUUCUAAUCAAACAAUGAAUCGUUCAAUAAAUGUACAAAAUGUUGUUAUUGGUGAACAACAACGUAAACUAUCAACAUUAUCAUCGAUAAAUCAUCGUUCAUAUUCUAAUACGAAACGAGAUUUUCAAUCAUCAUCAUCAUCGAAUAAUGGUCGAAAAUUUCAACCAUAUCAAAAAUUAUCAAUAAUUUCAUCAACAGAUAAAUAUCAAGAUAAAAUUGCUGAUAAUCAGAUUGUUGAUGAUCAUCAUGAUGAUGAAGAAAAAAAUAGCCAAUCUUUGACCAAAAAUGAUGGCAAAAGUGUUGAUUCAUUAUUGCCAGAUUUUUUAAAAUCAACAAGUGUUCAACAACAGCAACAACAAUCACCAAUCAAACAGAAACUAUCGAUGGCAAUAAAUGAUGAAAAAAUUUUAGAAAAUUCAAUAUUAGCCAAGGAUGAUAUUGAAAAUGAUAAUGAAAAAAAUGUCAAUGAAAAUAUUAAUAUUAAUAGUGAUGAUGAUGAUGAUGGUCAUACAAAAAUGACGGUAAAAUGUUCAAGUUUAAAACAAUUAUCCCCAUUAUUUUUACUGAUGGAUUGCCAAAAUGUCAUUGACAAUGAUAAUCAAAAUGAUUUACUAUUUAAUAAUGUUGAUGAUAAUAAUGGCCAACAAAAUCAACAACAACAACAACAAACAUUGCUGAUUAAUGACUGUAACAUUGAUAAUAAUUCAAUGAAGCCAUUAUUAUCUUCAUUUAUGAUGAACGAUAACAACCAUAUGGUUAAUGAAAAUGAUGGUAACAGCCUUGAUGAUAAUAUAGCAACAACAACUACUACAUCCAAAACAACAUUAUGGAAAUCAGAAUUGAUGAUAUAUGAUGAUGAUGAUCAUAUUGAUAAAAAACAUCGCAAUAAAGAUGAUGAUAGUGAUUGUCAUAUGGAAAUCAUUACAAAAAAAUCAUCACAAUCAUCGAUAUUUGCGAAUGAAGAUGAAGAAUUAGAAGAAUACAUUAUGUCAACAAUAUCACCAUCAUCUUCAUCAACAACAACAAAAACAACAACAUCAUCAUCAUUAUUAUAUGAAACGAUUGAUGAAUGGCUUGAUUAUCAUGAAAAAGAAUUUUGGCCAAAAAGUAUGACGAAAAUAUUUCAACAAUUUUCCAAUGAUAAUAGUGCCAGUGAUGAUAAUGAUGAAACAAAUUGGUGGCAACCAAUUAAAUCAAUGUUGAAUGAUAAUAUUGAUUGUGAUAAUAAUAAAAAUCAUAAAGAAGAAGAAUCGUCAACAACAACAACAACAAUGAUGCCUGAAUUUUGGGAUCAUAAACGACGAAUGGAAUGGUUAACAAAUUUAUGGAAUCAAAAUAGUACACUUGGCUAUAUGAAUGAUAUGUUUAUGAUGAAUUCAACAGAUAAUAAUCGUCAAAAGAAUUUAAAUGAAGAAUUAUCAUUGAUUAUUGAUUUGGUUCAACAACAACGACAAUGUCAAAAUCAAAUGACAGAUAAUGAAAAGACAACCAAUUCGAAUGAAUUCAAUUUGACAACUAUCGAUAGUGAUGGUGAUGUUGGCGGCGCUACAAUCGAUUCGAAAUUAUUAAAUUUUUAUUCAUUCGAUGACGAAAUGAUGCAACAUUUUCGAAAAAAUUUUGCUGAAAAAAUGAAUAAUUAUCAUUUAAAUGUCAAUAAUAAUGAUAAUAAUUCAAAAUGUCCAAAUCAGAUUGACAAAUUGGAUAGCAAAUCUGAACAAAAUUCAAUUAUUGAUGAUAAUCUUCUAUUGCCAACAACUAUAUCAUCAUCAUCACCAUCGAAUGAUGUGAUUAAUUUGACAGAAAUGAUUAACAAUGUUCUUGAUUCGAUAAAUCGUGAACGACAAAAUGAAAUAGAAGUUGAUAGCAAUGAAUGCUUUCAAACUUCAUUAUCGAUACCUAUACAAUCUACUGGAUCAUCAACAUCAUCGUUAUCAUCAUCAUUUUCGAAUUCGGAUGAUUUACCAUCUGAUUUUGAUGUGGAAAAAAUACCAACAUCAUUUUUACCUAAAGUUCAAAAUAAUACAACUAUUGAAUCUGCAAAUGUUGUUGAAGAAAUAGCGCCAAAACCAUCGGGACCAUUUUCAAAACGUUAUAAAUUGAAAUCAAACGCUAAUUCGGCUGAUGAUAAUUCGAAAAAUGAUGAUAAUAAUUAUAUUAAUGGCCACGUGGUAACUUCGAAUACAAAUGUUGAUCAUUCAACAUUUUAUUCAUUACGAACAUCAUCAUAUCGCCAUCAACAACAGAAUUGGUAUCCGACCGGAUCCGAACUGCAAAAUGAUUGUAGUGAUUAUCAAGGACCGCAUGAUGAUAAUAUCUAUUAUUAUGGUGAUGAUAUGGACGGUGGAAUAAUGAUUGAUCAAAAUGAAGCAACGCAUUUUGUUGAAUCAUAUGGAAAUGAUUUAUACAAUUAUGAUGGCUAUCUAAUCAAUAUGCCUAAAGAUGAUAAUAAUGAUUUGUCGAUGAUGAAUACAAAUCAAUUGAUGUCGAACAAUUCAUUUGGUGGGCAAAAUAGUUUUCUGACAUCAUCGAAUGAUAUUGAUAAUUUACAACCGGUGGAUAUAAAAUUUAAAUUGGAAAAUAGAUAUCUUGUUCCGGAUAGUGAUGCCAAACCAGUACUAAAACCAUGUGCAUUUUAUCUUGAAAAUGCUUGCGCUCGUCUUGAUUGUAAAUUUUCACAUGAUCUAUCAUCAAUACCAUGCAAAUAUUAUCUUGAAGGUGCUUGUUAUAAAGAAGAAUUUUGUCCAUUUCUACAUGAAAAACCAAAAAGGUAG